AUGGAUGUGAGCCCCUCAAUCCACGACCACUUCAAGGCUGACCUCUUCGACCUGGUGUCGUGCACCGAGUAUGACCUGAGCGCCACGGGUCUCGGGUCAGACUGUUGGCCCCUCGACGACCUGGUGACUCGGAACGGCAACAACGCCGUCACCGUUGGGGAUGUGAUGACCUCUUCCUGGACCUACAGUGGUUACCAGGAUCCGCCCACCUCCACCUCCAUGAGCCUCGCUCACGAUAAGGAUAAGGAAACCAGCGAUAAGAUGUGGGGCGGCGGCGGCGGUGGUGGGGGCAGUGCGGGUGGUGCAGGCACCACCGAGAAGGUGGUGAACAGUGCCACUGGGAACACAAUCAUCAUCACUUUCCCCCCCACUGAGGGCCCUCACCCGGCGCCCGAUACCUCAGAGAGUGCCUACAAUCCCUCGCCACCCAUGACCGAACACAACAAUCUGGAGCUCUUCAAUUCUAUUCUCAACGAGAAGCCUUACGACGGUCUGGUGUCCCACAAUCACCGCUCCCCAGCCUCUGAUUGUGUCUCCUACGUCAGCGCCUGCUCCGGCUACAGUGAUUCAGGCAUCUCGACGUCGCUGGAGGACACAGCUUCGCCCAACGCUGGCGGCCACGAUCACGUCGACUUCGAGAGACUGGUCGAUUCCGCUGUGGAUUCUCUUGUGUACUCUCCCGGGGCAGGAGGCAUGGUUCCGGUCGAAGAUAAUCCCAAUAUGGACGGCGGCAGCGCCGCCUACAUGUCGUCUGCCCAGCUGCCGUACUCGCCACACGUGACGCAGAGCAGUGACGUCUCUUCUAUCCUGGAGGGGGCACUUCGAGGCACAGUCCGGAGGCCAGGAGGGCCGGCACAGCCUCCUCCACUAACCAAAAUCACAGAGGUGAAGACUCUAACACUCAUGUCUAAUAUGACACCUUUGCCGCCUCUUACGCGUUUGCCGCCACUUACUUCUGCCUUCAAGGCGGAGCAGCUGAACGGCGUGGCGGGCUCCACGCAGAUCACCAGCAGCAACGGGAUGUACGUUGCGACGGGCUACGACUACCAUCCGGCUCCUGCAGAGGAGUACACCACCCUCGACGCCUCCUUCAACAAGCUCUCCACCGCCACCACCACCACCACCACCCCCACCAAGAUGGAGCAGCCCGAACACAAGCCCAAGAAACGCAAGUACACCAAACGUUCCGCGGGGGAAGAGCCCUCGACUAAAGGCCGCCUGUUACACUUCUGCCACAUCUGUAACAAAGGCUUCAAAGACAAGUACAGCGUCAAUGUGCACAUCCGCACUCACACCGGCGAGAAGCCCUUCAACUGCGAACUGUGUGGGAAGUGCUUCCGGCAGAAAGCCCACUUAGCCAAGCACGUCCAGAUUCACACCGCGCCAAAGCCCCCUGGAAAGAGGUGA